UUUACCCUCCGCCAUGUUCCUACAUACCAUCGUGAUAGCUCCAAAAUGGAAACAUAGCUACUGUUUUGGACUGGCUAUAAAUAACGUUUGAGAUGCUGCGUGGCACUUGCGUGUGCAUUAAUUCUGAGGCAUGCGUGAUCUGAUAAAGACAUGGCCUAGGCUCAAACAGAGACCUACCCAAAAUCGAAUAGCUUUUUAUCAUGUACUCCUUGGGUUUCUUGAUUGCCGCUCCCAGGAACCUAAAGUACUUUUCUCCAUUUCAGUCGCUCCGCACGCUGCUCGCUGGAUUUGUCAGCCACAAAUCGUUAGCCUAAUACGUAAGUUAAAUCUGCAAAAGAAAUGUAUGUUUCUAUGGCGUUUAUACUUGGCGCAGCAAACCAUACGGAUUAGUAGUCCAACUGAUAUGAUAUGGAAUUAUGGGUAUUUCGUGGUUGUGAGUAGAGCUGAAAUUUCGUCUGGUUUCACCUGCUGUGCGUCUUAUUUUUAUAUAAUUCAGCUGGGCCCUAAUGUUUCGCGUAGGAACGUUGCAAGGCCGUCUGUUUUUAAGUCUGACACCAUUUUGAGGGAACCCGACUCGUUUUCCUGCAUGAUGUUGACUAACGCCCACACCUGCAUCUUUAUCCCGCCGAGAGUCUGGACCCGCCCCUACUGUUGUUUCCAUAGGACUUCAUAAACACAAGGAACCGCCACUUGAAUGCGAGAUUUAAAUCUCCCUACCCGGAAGAACAAUAGCAGUGCAAGCUUUCAUCUCGGAAAACUGCUUAUCAACGCGCACGUAGAACGUAAGAAAGACAGUCAUAACCGUUAGGGUGGUGCUAGCUACACCGGAAAGUCGUUCGGCCUUGUUAAACAUUAGCCAGUCCUGGGAAGCUCUGAACCAAAAACAACAUCCAAGCCCCAAACCCUGUAGCGCGUGUGGAGUCUGCGCCUGUAUAAAAAAAUAUAAAUAUUUCGUAAUUUCAGAGAUCUAGAACGUCGUGCGC